UUAUAGCGGUCGCCGCCUCGUGCCAGUUUCCGUUCUUUUCUCCGGUUGCUGGGCGCCAAGACAAACUCACGCUCUGUUUAACUAGAACAUAAUUACUGACGCGCGUAAAUAUUUGCUCGGAAAACAGACUGACCAGGAGCGAUGGGUAUAAAUACGCGAACCGCUAAUUGUCCAUAAUGCGAAACGGACAGCAAGACUUCACAAGUGACAUUCAUCGAGUAAGCUAUUAUACGGAUGGCAGCAACCGUGAUCAGGACGCUGAGCCAUUUUGGUUUGGCGAGACCCAUCCAGCCCUGGUUCUUUCCUGUAGAGGAUGAGGAAGAGACUGAAGAAGAGUAUGAAGAGGAGCUGAAAGGAGAUAGUCUGGAAGAGAUAGAGGAUACAGUGUCCAGUGAGUCUCAAGAGGAAGUGCCAUGCAGUUGUGAAUCCUCCCCCAAUAACACUGAGAUGACCAACCAACUAUUGCGGUUUGCCGAGCUCAUUAGCAAUGAUGUGCAACGCUAUUUUGGACGAAGCCAAGAUCCUGAUGCUUGUGACAUUUAUGCAGAGAGACCAUGUGCAAAAGUUGGGGGCCGUCAGCGCUACUAUGCUGACUUUAUUAAAGUAGCAUCCUCAGGGCAAGGGGAAGAGCCAGAGUCGCUCGGGCCCCUUGCAGAGCUCUUUCAAGAUGCUCAAAGAAAGGGGCGCGGUCUUCCCAUGAGUCAACGCCGCCUACCAAUCAGCUUCUGGACAGAGCCACUCUCACACCAAUUAGAUGUGUUAAAUGAUCCAAACACACCAGAGAAGUCACUCAGUAUGAGCAACACUGCAGUGAGCACCCUUAACAUCAACACAUCAUUGAGCAUGUAUAAUAGCACAAAUGUUUGCGGCAUGGCCAGCUCCAAUAUUUCAGGGACUCUCAGUAGCUCAAACACACCAGAUUUCAGUGAUUUACUCGCUCACUGGGCAAUGGACAGAGACAAUACCAGUGAAUUUACCAGUGACUUCUUGCUAUAACAGACUCUGAUACAUACAGUCCUCUACAGUGAAAACAUUUUAUGUUUAAAAUUAAGUUACACCAACAAAACUAAUUGUAUGUGUUAGAUCAGGCAGUCAUAGAUCAUUCAGUUAACAAUUGCAGGUUACUAGUUUUUACAUUUUGUACUGCAAACAAUUCUAUUCUUUAUCUGUAUGUUUGUACAUUUUUCGAUCCUAAUUGACUUAAUUUUUUGGAUGUGCAUGUAUGCAUUUUCCUGUACAAGCAUCUCAACAUCCUUAAAACGAGAUAAAUGUUGCAUAAUUGCAUAAUAUAUUACUGUAUGCAUAUUGCGGCGCCACAAAACGGUGCCACAAUAUGCAGAAAAGGACAGCGAAUUGGUCCGAUUUCUCUUCCCAGUCCAGCCCUGAUUGCAUGUAAUAAUUAUCUAUCUAUGAAUUGACACACUAAACACACUGAACUAACUCUGCAAUUUCCACAUAAACAUAGGCAGAGAAUUAGGCUGUAUUAUUUAUAAUAGUUUUAAAGCUACAGGUAAAUACAGGUUAAACAUGAUUGCCAACUUAAUAGACAAUCCUGGAUCUCACACAUUCAGUGCAAUUAAAUACAGAUAAGCAUUUUGAAUAUAUGUAUACCACGCUUAAGUCAACAUUUGUGCAUGUUUUCCUCUCUUUUUUUAAAUAGUUUUAGAGUAAUUCAUACUCUACAUAUCAGUUGUUACUAAAAUCAAUAAAAACGUAUUGUGAUAAA